AUGAUUGCUGACGACCGUCUUCUUUUCUCGCUCUACAGGUCCGUUACGCCGCCCAGGAGAUUCCGAAUGCCAAGAGCGCCCGCGCGCGCGGGCUCUUACCUGCGUGUCAGCUUCAAGAACACCCGUGAGACUGCUCAGGCUAUCAACGGCAUGAAGUUGCAGAAGGCCUUGACCUACCUCGACAACGUCACCAAGAAGUCCAUGGCUGUUCCCAUGCGCCGCUACGCUGGCUCCACUGGCCGCACCGCCCAGGGCAAGCAGUUCGGUGUCUCCAAGGCCCGCUGGCCCGUCAAGUCCGCCGAGUUCCUGAUCGACCUCCUCAAGAACGCCGAGGCCAACGCUGAUAUCAAGGGUCUCGACACCAGCGCCCUGGUUGUCAAGCGCAUCCAGGUUAACCAGGCUCCCAAGGGCCGCCGCCGCACUUACCGUGCUCACGGUCGUAUCAACCCCUACAUGACCAACCCCUGCCACAUCGAGCUCAUCCUCACCGAGGCCAACGAGGAGGUCGCCAAGGCCCCCGAGUCCUCCCUCAAGGCCACUCGUCUCUCUUCCCGCCAGCGCGGCUCUCAGCUCCGCCGUGCUCUCACCGAGGCAUAA